AUGGCUGCGAGUGUAGCAACAGGAAGCAGCAACCUCCAUUCUGGAUUCAAUAUCAGCAGACGUCUUCAGGGUGGUAGACAAACAGCCUGCGCCAACUCCCCAACGGUUUCCUUCAAUGGAUGGUUGCACAAGGAUCUUUCAUGGUCUCAAGGGGCAUUCAAGGUCUUGGAGAUGCCAAAAAACUGCAAUCUUUCUCAAUCAGCUGUGACAAGGAGGCUCAGUGUGUCAUCCUGCUUUGGAGAUGGUGUUUCCACAAAGUAUUUUGAUUUUGCAGUCAUUGGAAGUGGGGUUGCCGGCCUCCGGUAUGCUCUUGAAGUCGCAAAGCAUGGAACUGUUGCAGUCAUUACCAAGGCCGAGCCUCAUGAGAGCAAUACAAAUUAUGCUCAAGGUGGUGUUAGUGCCGUUCUGUGUCCUAAAGACUCUGUGGAGAGCCACAUGCAGGACACAAUCAUAGCUGGAGCUUAUCUGUGUGACGAGGAGACUGUGAGGGUUGUGUGCACAGAAGGCCCCGAGAGGAUUAGAGAGCUUAUAGCCAUGGGAGCAAUGUUUGACCAUGGAGAAGAUGGGAAUUUGCAUCUAGCAAGGGAAGGAGGGCACUCUCAUCGAAGAAUUGUUCAUGCUGCUGAUAUGACUGGUAGGGAGAUCGAGAGAGCUUUGCUGCAGGCAGUCAUCAAUGACCCUAAUAUCUCUGUUUUCCAACACCACUUUGCCAUAGAUCUCCUAACCUCACAGGAUGGCCCUGACACAAUUUGCCGUGGUGUUGAUACUUUGAAUACUGAAACACAUGAGGUGGUUCGAUUUAUUUCAAGGGUCACAUUACUUGCAUCUGGCGGAGCUGGGCAUAUCUAUCCUUGCACAACAAAUCCCCUGGUGGCUACUGGAGAUGGGAUGGCCAUGGCUCACAGAGCUCAAGCUGUUAUUUCGAAUAUGGAGUUUGUGCAAUUCCAUCCAACUGCUUUGGCCGAUGAGGGGCUUCCGAUCAAACCCAAAAAAGCUCGAGAGAAUGCGUUUCUCAUUACUGAAGCUGUCAGAGGUGAUGGAGGCAUCCUGUACAAUUUAAGCAUGGAAAGGUUCAUGCCCCAAUAUGAUGAGAGAGCUGAGCUAGCUCCCCGUGAUGUGGUAGCUAGAGGAAUCGAUGAUCAGCUUAAAAAACGUAAUGAGAAGUAUGUGUUGCUUGACAUUAGCCAUAAGCCAAGAGACAAGAUCUUAGCCCACUUCCCCAACAUUGCUGCUGAGUGUCUCCGGCAUGGACUGGACAUAACUCAGCAGCCUAUUCCCGUCGUUCCAGCUGCACAUUACAUGUGCGGUGGAGUGCGUGCUGGGCUUGAGGGCGAGACGAAUGUGCGAGGUCUUUAUGUGGCAGGUGAGGUUGCUUGCACUGGACUGCAUGGAGCUAAUAGACUUGCUAGCAACUCGUUGCUUGAGGCGCUGGUUUUCGCUAGAAGAGCUGUCCAACCCUCUAUCAAUCACAAGAAAAGUUCUAGCCUUGAUCUCAGUGCUUCAAGUUGUUGGACUUGCCCUGUAGUCCCCAAUGCUCUUGGAAGCGAUACAAUGAAUACCAUAUUGGGUAAAACCAAGGAAGUGAGGAGAGAACUGCAAUCAAUCAUGUGGAGGUAUGUUGGGAUUGUUCGCUCAACGACAAUGCUAGAAACUGCCUUAGAACGAGUUGGUGAGUUGGAACUACAGUGGGAGAAGUUAUUAUUCGAGCAAGGCUGGAAGCAGACCAUGGUGGCUCUCGAGGCUUGUGAAAUGAGGAACCUCUUCUGUUGUGCGAAACUAGUGGUGAGCAGCGCGAUGGCUAGGCAGGAAAGUCGAGGGCUUCACUACACCAUUGAUUUCCCACAUCUCGAGGAAAGUAUGAGGCUGCCUACGGUGAUUUUCCCUUCUCCUGCUGUGAAUGAAAUGGACUUGAUGAAGCUGCUGCUCGGAGUGUUUGGGAUUCUAGUACUGAAAAUGGUGACAGAUGCGACAAUGGUGGGAUCUCAUGCUGACGUCUGGAACUGCAAGUUCCCGGCUAUAUACAACUUUGGGGACUCUAAUUCUGAUACUGGAGGAAUAUCUGCAGCGCUAGGAGAGAUCCCUCCACCGAAUGGUGAAACCUUCUUCGGACAUCCUUCAGGAAGAUCCUGUGAUGGCCGACUCAUCGUCGAUUUCAUUGCUGAGAGACUGAAGUUGCCAUAUCUUAGCGCAUACCUGGACUCAGUCGGUACAGACUUCAGACAUGGUGCGAAUUUUGCAACCGGAGGCUCAUCGAUUCGUCCAGGUGGCUAUAGUCCAUUUCAUUUGGGUGUGCAGAUUUCACAGUUCAAGCAGUUCAAAGCUCGGACGAACAGACUUGGUAACCAGAGGAAUCUUCCAAGGGCAGUGGAAUUCUCAAAAGCUCUCUAUACAUUCGACAUUGGACAGAAUGACCUCGCCUAUGGCUUCCAACACUCUUCAGAGGAAGAUGUCUGGAAGUCGAUACCAGAUAUUCUGAGCCAGCUUGCAGUGGCAGUUAAGCAACUUUACAAGGAAGGUGCAAGGUUCUUCUGGGUGCACAACACAGGACCCCUUGGUUGCUUGCCAUAUUCCGUUAUAUACAACUCCGACCCUAACAACUUGGACGGAAAUGGCUGUGUGAAGUCUCGCAACGAUGCUGCUCUGGAGUUCAACAGACAACUCGAGCACAAACUCUCCCAACUGAAGGAGCAGCUACCCUAUUCGUCUUUCACAUAUGUUGAUGUGUACUCAGCCAAGUAUCGACUGAUUAGUACGGCCGAAAAUCAAGGUUUUGUUGAUCCGAUGGAGUUCUGUUGCGGGAGCUACUACGGCUAUCACAUCGAUUGUGGGAAGAAAGCUGUGGUGAACGGGACGGUGUAUGGUAAUCCAUGCAAGGAUCCUUCGAGGCAUGUGAGCUGGGAUGGAGUACACUACUCUGAGGCUGCUAACUUGUGGGUGGCUCGUAGGAUACUCAACGGCAGCCUUUCUCGCCCGCCUGUUUCAGUUCAAGAUGCUUGUAAGCAUGUCUAG